CAUCUUCAUGAGGAUGAGAGACGGAAGACGAGGAGACUUCUGACUUCAACUCUGACGGAGAACGGAAUCCAAAGCAUGUGGAUUUAAACGGCGUCCUCACAUCAGACACACUCAGACAGACAGCAGGACUGAGCGGAGACCAGCGGCAGCAUGAAGCUGAUCUGAGAGUCCAACAUCUCACCUGAAUCAAACCUGUCAGCUCCUCACCGUGGUCUUUCCAGGGACUCCAUGAACACAGAGUGAAAGAUCAGUGAGAUAAAUCAGACUCGUCACAAGGUCAAAGAUGAGCUCACCUCAAGAAAUCCUCCUGGGAAUCCUGGAUGAUUUGGGAGAUCAAGACUUUGGAAGGUUCAAGUGGUAUUUGUGGCAAGAUGGAGUCCUUGAAGGGUUCAAACCAAUCCUGAAGAGUAAACUGGAGACAUUGCAGAGGGAGGACACAGUAGAUGAGAUGUGCCAGACCAACAACACUCAUGCUCUUGAAGUCACUAAAAUGGUUUUAGAGAAAAUGAAGAAAAAGGGUGUAUGGCAGAAACACUCUAAAAAUAUCUCACAACCUGAAGGGAAAGACGGUCCUCAAGAGUUUCCUUUGUCAGCAACAUCUAAGAGCUGUCAGGAAGAACUCAAGUCCAACCUGAAGAGGAGGUUCGAGUCUGUGUUUGAGGGGGUCGCUGAGGCAGGAAAGAAGUCCCUCCUGAACCAGAUCUACACAGAGCUCCACAUCACAGAGGGAGGGACUGCAGAGGUCAAUCAGGAACAUGAGGUCAGACAGAUUGAAGCAGCAUCCAGGACAGCAGACAGAGCAGAAACAAGCAUCAGACCAGGAGACAUCUUUAAAGCCCCACCUGGAAGAUCUCAACCAAUCAGAACAGUGCUGACAAAGGGAGUGGCUGGCAUUGGGAAAACAGUCCUGACUCAGAAGUUCACUCUGGACUGGGCUGAAGACAAAGACAACCAGGACGUCCACUUCAUAUUUCCAUUCACCUUCAGAGAGCUGAAUGUAGAACUGGACUUCCACCGGACUGACUUCCUGACUGACAUUAGAAAGUCCACCUCAGUGGAUGUUCUGCUGACAAGCCUCAUCAGGGGGAAACUGCUUCCCUCUGCUCGCCUCUGGAUCACCACACGACCUGCAGCAGCCAAUCAGAUCCCUGCUGACUGUGUGGACUUGGUGACAGAGGUCCGAGGGUUCACUGACCCCCAGAAGGAGGAGUACUUCAGGAGGAGGUUCAGAGAGGAGGAGCAGGCCAGCAGGAUCAUCUCCCACAUCAAGACCUCCCGAAGCCUCCACAUCAUGUGCCACAUCCCGGUCUUCUGCUGGAUCACUGCUACAGUUCUGGAGAAGGUGUUGAAGAGCAGAGAGGGAGGAAAGCUGCCCAAGACCCUGACUCAGAUGUACAUCUACCACCUGGUGGUCCAGGUCAAAUUGAACAGUGUCAAGUAUGAUGGAGGAGCUGCCACAGAUCCACACUGGAGUCCAGAGAGCAGGGAGAUGAUAGAGUCUCUGGGAAAACUGGCUUUUGAUCAGCUGAAGAAAGGAAAUCUGAUCUUCUAUCCAUCAGACCUGACAGAGAGCGGCAUUGAUCUCGAAGCAGCAUCAGUGUACUCAGGAAUGUUCACACAGAUCUUUAGAGAGGAGAGCGGCCUGUACCAGGACAUGGUGUUCUGCUUCAUCCAUCUGAGCCUUCAGGAGUUUCUGGCUGCUCUUCAUGUCCAUCAGACCUUCAUCAACUCAGGAAUCAACCUGCUGGAAGAGAAACAAACAACCAUUCAACAAUCUCCACAACAGCCUCAGCUCCACCAUCUCCAUCAGAGAGCAGUGGACGAGGCCUUGAAGAGUCCAAAUGGACACCUGGACUUGUUCCUCCGCUUCCUCCUGGGUCUUUCACUGGAGACCAAUCAGAGUCUCCUUCGAGGUCUGCUGACACAGACAGGAAGUAGCUCACAGUCCAAUCAGAAAACAGUCCAGUACAUCAAGAAGAAUCUGAGUGAGAGUCUGUCUGCAGAGAGAAGCAUCAAUCUGCUCCACUGUCUGAAUGAACUGAAUGAUGGUUCUCUGGUGGAGCAGAUCCAACAGUCCCUGAGAUCAAGAAGUCUCUCCACAGAUAAACUGUCUCCUGCUCAGUGGUCAACUCUGGUCUUCAUCUUACUGUCAUCAGAAGAAAAUCUGAAGGAGUUUGACCUGAAGAAAUACUUUGCUUCAGAGGAGGCUCUUCUGAAGCUGCUGCCAGUGGUCAAAGCCUCCAACAAAGCUCUGUUGAGCUGCUGUGGUCUGUCAGAGAGAAGCUGUGGAGCUCUGUCCUCAGUUCUCAGCUCUCAGUCCUCCAGUCUGACACAUCUGGACCUGAGUAACAACGACCUGCAGGAUUCAGGAGUGAAGCGUCUGUCUCUUGGACUGGAGAGUCCUCACUGUAAACUGGAAGCUCUCAGUCUGUCAGGGUGUCUGGUCUCAGAGGAAGGCUGUGCUUCUCUGGUCUCAGCUGUGAGAUCCAAGUCCUCCCAUCUGAGAGAGCUGGACCUGAGCUACAACCAUCCAGGAGACUCAGGAGUGAAGGAGCUGUCAGCGGCAGUGGAGGAUCCACACUGCUCACUGGAGACUCUCAGGUUGAGCUGCUGUGGUCUGUCAGAGAGAAGCUGUGGAGCUCUGUCCUCAGUUCUCAGCUCUCAGUCCUCCAGUCUGACACAUCUGGACCUGAGUAACAACGACCUGCAGGAUUCAGGAGUGAAGCGUCUGUCUCUUGGACUGGAGAGUCCUCACUGUAAACUGGAAGCUCUCAGUCUGUCAGGGUGUCUGGUCUCAGAGGAAGGCUGUGCUUCUCUGGUCUCAGCUGUGAGAUCCAAGUCCUCCCAUCUGAGAGAGCUGGACCUGAGCUACAACCAUCCAGGAGACUCAGGAGUGAAGGAGCUGUCAGCGGCAGUGGAGGAUCCACACUGCUCACUGGAGACUCUCAGGGUGGACCAUGGUGGA